AUGGGUCUUCUCUUCAGCAAGGUGUGGCAGCGAAUGAUUUGCAACAAAGAAAUGCGGAUCCUCAUGCUGGGCUUGGACGCAGCGGGCAAGACCACAAUCCUUUACAAGCUGAAGCUUUCUGAUGUUGUGUCGACGGUCCCGACAAUCGGCUUCAAUGUGGAGACGGUGGAGUACAGGAACAUCAACUUCACCGUUUGGGAUGUAGACGGGCAGGAUAAAAUCCGCAAGCUGUGGCGCUUCUACUAUGGUGGCACAGAUGGGUUGAUCUUUGUGGUGGACAGCUCUGACCGUGACCGAAUCAACGACGCGAAGGAAGAGCUGCAUCACUUGCUCAGCGAGCCAGAGAUGGAGAAUGCGGUUCUGCUGGUGCUGGCGAAUAAGCAGGACCUCCCGAAUGCGAUGUCUGCGAGUGACGUCAUUCAUGCGCUGGAGCUGCAGAAGAUGCAGCAUCGCAAGUGGUUCAUUCAAUCCACAGUAGCCCCUACUGGGGACGGCCUGUACGAGGGCUUGGACUGGCUUUCCCGCGCCCUCUGCUCGAAGUGA